CGAGACUGAGGCGCACUGCGCAUCACGCCCAAAAUAUCUCAACGUUACAUGCGAGCGAAAUAAACCCUAGGGAAGGCUAAAACCCUCUACAGUAGAGUGAUCGCAAUGGCAGGUUCAACGCUUGUUUCCCGAUUAUCGACUCGAUUAGGAUCUUUAUCCUUGAAUCUCAACAAAUCAAUCACCAAGUCAGUCUUACCCACCAUUUCUCCAUCGAAAUCGAGCUCGGAGUUUCAAGUUUCCUCCUCAUUGAAGCGCCUUUCACGGGAUUCAAGAUUACCUGUCCAGUUGAGCUGCUUAGUCUCAAUGGUUCCAUUACAUGACGCAAUUGCUUCUGCCCGCUUAACAUCUAUGCUUUCAGCGGAAUCGCAGAGCUGGGGGCUAACUCCACAAGGUAUAUCUAUGCCUUUAUGACAGCAUCACUUUGGGAUGGGAGGAUCUCAUUGGUUGAAUAAUUUUGUGCUGCUUUGCUAUUUUUCUUUUAUGAUGAACCGUCUAGUUGUAGCGGCACGGUUCGUGAGAGUUGUUCAAUACUUUGGCAAUGAAUUACUUGCCCAGACUGUAGUCUGGGUUUUAUCUGUAGCUUCCAAUUUCCAGGCCCUGACAUGGUUUUCCUGUUGCAAGUGAGGUGAAUUGCAUAAUAGAAAUGACAUGUUGAACAA